AUGUUGGGUGUGAUGAAGGCAGGUGGUGCAUCGGUCAUGAUGGACUCGCGCCAGCCACCAGAACGCAUGAAGUCCGUUCUCGAUCAGAUCAAGCCUGUCGUGUUCAUCACGUCAGCAGGCGAUGAAAAGCUUGUGAGCAGCCUCAGCGACACACCAACCAUCGUGCUCAAUGACAAACUGAUGAGAGAGAUCGCCAGCUCCGUUGUUACUGAGGCGAUCUUGCCACGAGUCCAGCCAUCAGAUAGGCUGUAUCUGAUCUUCACUUCUGGCAGUACUGGUGCACCAAAAGGCGCUCAGAUCAGCCAUUCGAAUGUGUGCAGCGCCUUGCGCUACCAGAGACAAGCUCAUGGCUACACCUCCGAUGCGCGAGUAUACGACUUUGGUUCUUACGCUUUCGAUUCUGUUUGGGUCAACUUCAUGAGCGCAUUCACCAUUGGCGGCUGUCUUUGCAUUCCUUCGGAACGAGAACGUAGCGACGAUCUGGCUGCUUCCAUCAAGCGAUUCAACCCAACCAUCCUCGAUAUCACGCCGUCUGCCGCCACAGUUUUAGACGACAGCACUAUCGCAUCCCUGCGCACUUUGAUUCUGGGAGGGGAGAGACUGACUUCUGAGUAUGCUAAACGAUGGUCUCGGCUCGUUGAUGUCAAACUUCCGUAUGGGCCAUGCGAAUGCACGCCUACCGCUACUAUUGCUACCAUCGAUCCCAAUCACGAGGGCGAACCAAAUAUUGGUCACGGAGCUGGUUGCUUGACCUGGAUCACAGAUACUGAAGAGGGCAAAACUCUCGUCCCAAUCGGCACGAUAGGGGAGUUGGUGCUGGAAGGACCUCUCGUUGGGCUCGGAUACCUUGGUAACGAAGCAAAGACAGCAGCAGCCUUUAUCAAGCGACCACCCUGGCUUAGACUGGUGAUCUUGUGAGAUAUAAUCUGGACGGCACUCUCAUGUUCAUUGGCCGAAAGGACGCCCAAAUCAAGAUUCAUGGUCAACGAGUCGAGCUUGCAGAGAUUGAG